UACAGGGAAGGGUGGUUUAGUGACCCAUGUUUGUUUGCAGGAUGACGUCGUCCGCCUAUAUAAAGUGCUCGGCAAAUUAGGGUUUUAGAGUCCCAGUUUACGAGAUCCCAUCGUCUUCUCUGCGUAGCUCCAGCGGGAAAAUGUCGAUCGGAGAAGUAGCCUGCACUUACGCCAUUCUGAUUCUCCACGAAGAAGGCAUCCCCGUCACUGCGGAGAAAAUUGCUACCGUUGUUAAGGCGGCCGACGUUCAGGUGGAGUCGUACUGGCCCGGCCUCUUCGCCAAGCUCUGCGCGAAGAAGAACAUUGAUGACCUCAUCUUGAACGUUGGCGGUGGUGGUGGUGCGGCCCCCGUUGCCGUUGCUGCCCCCUCUUCUGGCGGCGCCGCUGCUGCUCCUGCCGCUGAAGAGAAGAAGGUGAGUAUACCUAUUAAACAUCCGCAGUUGUUUAGCUGUUUGUGUAUAUUUGCGCCAUUUGAUUUCAAAAGCAUCUAUAAUUUGCUGAGAUUAGUAAUUGAGUAAAUUUGUUUGUUUUCAGGAGGUCGUUGAAGAAGAGAGUGAUGAGGAAUAUGGAAUGAACUUGUUUGAUGAUUAGAGUUUUAAAGUUGUUUUGUAAUGUUAGAUUUUUGCUCUGCAUACCUUUUCUUUUUGUCAAAUCUAUUUUGCUCUUCACUUGGGGCAAACUUUUGUACCCUAUCAUGGUUGAAUUUUAUGCCAAUGUUUCAGUGAUUCUACUAAUUUAAUGAUUAAAAUUGGUUGCUUUUAUUUUAUCUGGAAUUGAGAAUCAUAUAGCGCAUUGUUUACUGUAUUCUGAUGUUUCGUUUUGUAUUCCUUAUGGUUGCUUAUUUGUUUUUUCUUGAGUUUGAGUUUGUUAUGUGCACAAA